CAGAUCUCAACCCUCUGUUACCUCACCGACAACACGUUUCAAAGACAGCAGAUCCUCCGCUGUGAGCGGCAGAUGCUUAAAGCUUUGGAUUUCUUCAUGGGUCGACCCGUGAUGGUUCAGUUUUUGGACAGGUUUCUACAAGUACACAAGAAUCCACCGGAGGUAUGUCGUAUGUGGCGUCACUAACCAGGGGCAGGGGCCGUGGGUGGGCAGAAGUUUUAAUUUUUGCUUUUUUUAAAUAUAUUGAGGGACUGCAAUGUCUGCCAAGAGUAAUGCAACUGUAUGCCAAGUGUCACGUCUUAGUCUGCCAAGUGAAAUGUCUUUGUCUGCCAAGUGAAACGGCAUUGUCUGCCAAGGGCAACGUCAUUGUCUGCCAAGGACAACGUCAUUGUCUGCCAAAUUUAACGUCAUUGUCUGCCAAGCUUUAAUUUUAUUUUUCCAUGAAUUACUACUUAAGAUUAUGAGCUUUAGAAGUUAUAAAAAUGUGUAUUUUGACAUAGAGACCUUACCUAGCCUUACGUAGUCAGACAUAGAGACCUUACGUAGCCGGACAUAGAGACCUGUGGGAUGUUUAUUAAUCAUACACCUGGGACUCUAAUGACGUAGAUACGACUAGAUAUAUAUACCUUUAAUUGGAAUAGGCAACGUCCCGCACAAUAUUAAAUAUGGCUUUGAUUGAGCUUGGCUUAAAAUUUCAUCCCAUGUACACUCGCUAUUAAAAUUUUCAAACCUAUGCAGAUCAACUAAAUCUGUGUUUCUCUUCAGGUGGAGUGCCUGGCCCGGUACAUAUGCGACUUGUCCAUCACGAGCUACAAGCUGUCCAGCAAUUCUCCGUCCUACAAGGCCGCCGGCGCGCUGGCCCUGGCUCGCAGACUUCUGCUGGACGAGGACGAGCCCACGUGGUCAGAGGACCUCACUUUCUACACCAGCUAUAACCUUGAAUACUUGUCGGACAUCUGCAUCGAUCUGGUUUAUAUACUCAUCAAAGCCCCGACAUCCAAG